AUGGUAGAAGUCGUUGAGCAAGCUUUCUUUAAAUGGAAAAAAGAAGACGUUGGUUAUUUGAAGACGUAUUAUAAACCGAGUGCUUUGGAGAAUGCCGCAACAACGUGGAAAAAGAAGUCAGUAUCAAUCGUGUCCCCAAAAUCAGGCAGAAUAUUAAAACAAAAUAAAGAUACAGAGAACAGUCCUGAAAAAACUGAGCAGAAUGGGAAAGUCGUUAAAGACAACGGUUUCUUUUCUAGAAUAUUCGAUGAUUUCAAAAAGGCUAAAGUUUCAGACUACACUUACCAAAAGCCAAAAGUUCGAGAACAUAGCUCGUAUAAACCUUUUUGGGCUACCAAAACGGUGGAAACAAAGACUGAGAAAAUUGAAGAUGAUAUAGCCAAAGCUACCUGCACUGUCCAGAAUAAUGCAGUUGCGAAUAAAAAGCUUAUAUUUGUGAAGGAAGCUAUAGGAUCUCCGAAAGUGACGUUGACGGAUAAACCAAGGUCGUGUAACCCGAAGAAGACUGUCUCUGCCGUAGAAUACCAUAAGGAGUACAGGAUAAAGAUGCCUCCAAAUUACUGUGGUAGUCAAAUGCGUAUGCCGACAGGCGAACAACUGUUUUGGCUAGGGGAGACCCGUCCUUCGUCGUUUGGUCCUGCCACUUACCAAGACUUCAAGGAGAUCCGGUCUCGAUGCUUAGCCGAAGGCAGGUUGUUCGAAGAUCCGGAGUUUCCGCCUAUUGACCGUAGUCUCUACUACAAGGAGAGAUUGGAUAGGCCCAUCACUUGGUUGAGACCCGGGGAAAUAUGCAGCGACCCUCAACUCUUCGUGGAGGGUUACAGCAGGUUCGACGUGCUGCAAGGAGAGCUCGGCGACUGCUGGCUACUCGCUGCGGUAGCCAAUCUUACGCUGCACAGAAAACUGUUCUUCCAAGUGGUACCUGAUGACCAGAACUUUGAUGAAGGAGAGUACGCAGGUGUCUUCCAUUUCCGAUUCUGGCAAUACGGACGAUGGGUGGACGUGGUGAUAGACGACCGCCUGCCGACCUACAGAGGAAAACUCAUAUUCCUACACUCACCCGAGCAGAACGAGUUCUGGUGCGCUCUCUUGGAGAAGGCCUAUGCCAAGUUGCACGGAUCUUAUGAAGCUUUGAAAGGCGGUAGUACAUGUGAGGCCAUGGAGGACUUCACCGGAGGAGUAACAGAGAUGUACGACAUGACUGAACUACCCCCAGACUUCUUCACCAUUCUGCUCAAGGCUUACGAGAGAAAUUCCCUUAGUGGGUGCAGUAUUGAGCCGGACCCAAACAUCUUGGAGGCGGAGACGCCUGCAGGGCUCAUCAGAGGUCACGCGUACUCCAUAACGAAGGUCAAGUACGUAGACAUCGAGACCCCAAACCGCAGUGGCAAGAUACCUCUGCUGAGACUGCGGAACCCCUGGGGCAAUGAGGCUGAAUGGAAUGGACCUUGGAGUGACAAGUCACCGGAAUGGCGUUACAUACCGGAGACUGAGAAGGAAGAGAUGGGUCUCAACUUCGACGACGAUGGCGAGUUCUGGAUGUCGUAUCAAGACUUUAUCCGCCACUUCUCUAGAGUGGAGAUAUGUAACUUGAACCCAGAUUCAUUGGAUCCUGAGGAGUGUCCAGAGGGCUGCACCAAGAAGUGGGAGAUGUCUGUCUUUGAAGGAGAGUGGGUCCGAGGUGUGACGGCGGGCGGCUGCCGUAACUUCUUGGAUACAUUCUGGCACAACCCGCAAUACACCAUCACGCUAAGAGACGUAGAUGAAGGAGACGGGGAGAAUAAAUGUACCGUAAUCGUAGCGUUGAUGCAGAAGAACCGUCGUUCCCAACGCCACCAGGGUCUGGAGUGCCUGACGAUAGGGUUCGCAGUGUACCGCAUGCCGGACUACGGCCACGUGCCCAAGCCGCUCGACCUCAACUUUUUCAAGUACAACGCGAGCGCUGCCAGGUCCCAGAGCUUCAUCAACCUUAGGGAGGUUAGCUCUCGAUUCAAGCUGGAACCGGGCACGUACGUGAUCGUCCCGUCCACCUUCGACCCGGAGGAGGAAGGCGAGUUUCUCCUGCGAGUGUUCUCUGAGAAGAGCAACAAUAUGGCUGAAAAUGACGAAGAAGUUGGUAUGGGAGACAUUGAUGAAAGGGUGAAGGACAUAGUCCCGAGCCCCGAGCCAGCCGACCCAGUGCGAGACUUCUUCAACCGUCUGGCCGGAGCCGAUGGAGAGGUGGACUGGCAGGAACUCAAGGAGAUCCUCGACUACGCCAUGCGGGAGGAGUUGGCCAUGCGUCACGGAGCCGCGUACGACGGCGGAGGGGGGUACACCCAACCGCAGGGGGCAGGGGGGGGUGGUGGAGGGCCGCAGGAGCAGUCCUGCCUCGAGCAACUGCUCUGCGCUCUCUGCUCCCCCAUCUGCAAGGAGUUCGGCGUCGACCUGCAACAGGUGCAGCAGCCAAACCACCAGGAGGCAGUGCAUCUCACACAGCCACAACCGCAAGGGAUGUCUUCAGAACUACACGGCCAAGGUUUCUCUAAGGACGUAUGCAGGAGCAUGAUCGCGAUGCUGGACAAAGAUAACUCUGGUGGACUCGGCUUUGAAGAGUUCAAGUCGUUGUGGAUUGAUCUGCGUAACUGGCGAGCUGUGUUCCGUCUGUACGACACGGACGGUCGCGGCGCCAUCCCGCAGCGCAACCUGCGCGACGCGCUGACCUCGGCCGGCUACACGGUCAACGCGCACGUGCUCAACGUCCUCGCUCACAGAUACGGUUCCUCUGACGGCUACAUACAGUUCGACGAUUUCAUUAUGUGUUCAGUGCGACUCAAGACCAUGAUCGAUACGUUCAACAGCAGAUCGUCUGGCGGAGAUUACGCCACGUUCUCUCUCGAAGAAUGGCUGAAUCGCACAGUCUACUCAUAA